AUGGAAAAUAUACCGAGUGGAAAAAUCCAUACAUCAAUAGAAGAUACACUCAAUAGCAUAUCUAUCUUCUUUACCGUUGCUCCAACAAAAUAUGGUGGAAGGGGGUGCUUUGCAAGAUCAGCAAUACCAAAGGGAACUCAAAUUCAUUAUUGUGCCUCGCCUGUUGGCUCCUCAGUAGCGAAACCCUUCAGAAAGGAAGUUUGCACUUACUGCUUCAAUUAUAGUUAUGGAGAUCUUAUGAAAACUAAACUUGCGAAAUCUAUAAGUGGUAGAAAAGAAUUAAGCGCACUCCACUUUUGUAGCAAAGAGUGUCUCGAUGAAUUUGUUAACCAAGACGUUGAUGAUAUUUUGUUAACUAAUCUAUUACUAGUGGAACAAAACUAUUUGAUGGGACUAAAGAAACCCGAAGUCGAUGAACUAGAACCAGUGGGUAACUUGGAUGAACAAAUAGAUCGAGAGUGGGAGAGGGUAGACCAAUGGGCUAGACAAAUAGACGCAACACGAAGCAGUAAAAGGGUAAAUUUUCUCCCAAGAAUUGAUGAAAGUGAAUACCUCGAGAUUAAAUAUGUUGUCAAUGUGCUAUUUAAUAAGUUUAAGUCACAUCAACCAAAUAACACCAACAAUAAGGGGUCAAUGGAAAUGGAAAUGUUUAUAUUUGAACUUCUACAAUCGACCGAACGUGAAAAAUACCACAAAUACCCAUACCUUUUAUUCUCAUAUAUCAAAGUGUUCAAAUUUAUUAAGCUUACUUGCUCUGCUGAGCUUCAACCGUUUAUCACAACUGAUACCGUUAGGUCUUUGAUUGGCAAAAACUUAUCUAACGCGUUUGGUAUAUGGUCCAAUACAACAAAUAAAGACGAGGAUAAAGAGUUUCUUGGAUUUAGUGUUUAUCCAUCGGCAUCAUUUUUCAACCAUUCAUGUGAUCCAAAUAUUAUCAAGAUUAGAAUGCGUAAUGACAUGUGUUUUGAAACGCUCAGAGAUAUUGCUGAGGGUGAAGAGUUGUGUAUAAAUUACGGCAAUUUUCAAAAUGAAGAUGUCAAUAAACGACAAUUGGAGUUACAAGAAUGGUUCUUUGAUUGUGGAUGUACAAAAUGUCACUUGGAAUUGGUAGCUAAGUGA